CAAAGCCAUCUUCCAAAGGGGAAGAGCGAUCGAAAGGAAAGGUAAAGAACAACAAUGGCUCUCGCAAGCAGCUCUGCUGCGUCCACCAAAUCCCUCCUCCAAACCGAAUCUCUUUUCUCUACUUCCAAACCUCACCAACCCUCCUUCCCUCUCCUCCCAACCAAACCUAAAUCCAGACCUAUUAAACCCAUCUCCGCCGUCCAUGCUGCAGAGCCCGCCAAGAACCCCGUUGUCGCCGAAAAGCUCUCCAAGACUGCAACAACGGUGAUCCCUAAGACCACCACCACCCCUAGUAAAUGGAGCGUCGAUAGCUGGAAAUCCAAGCCUGCCCUGCAACUUCCCGAGUACCCGGACAAGGAGGACCUUGAAUCUGUUCUCCGCACUAUCGAAUCCUUCCCUCCCAUCGUCUUCGCCGGAGAAGCCAGAAACUUGGAAGAGCGACUCGGAGAGGCUGCAGUGGGAAGGGCUUUCCUUCUUCAGGGAGGAGAUUGUGCGGAGAGUUUCAAGGAGUUCAAUGCCAACAACAUUCGUGACACCUUCCGUAUCCUUCUCCAGAUGGGUGCAGUUCUCAUGUUCGGAGGCCAAAUGCCCGUCAUCAAGGUUGGAAGAAUGGCGGGUCAAUUUGCAAAGCCCAGAUCGGAUCCAUUUGAGGAGAAGAACGGAGUUAAGCUUCCAAGCUACAGAGGUGAUAAUGUGAAUGGUGAUGCCUUCGACGAGAAGUCUAGAACCCCUGAUCCUCAGAGGAUGAUCAGGGCGUACUGCCAAGCCGCUGCCACUCUGAACCUUCUCAGGGCUUUCGCCACCGGAGGUUAUGCCGCCAUGCAGAGAGUCACCCAGUGGAAUCUCGAUUUCACGGAGCACAGCGAGCAAGGCGACAGGUACCGAGAACUAGCUCACCGGGUGGAUGAGGCCUUAGGGUUCAUGACUGCUGCUGGACUCACCGCAGACCAUCCAAUCAUGACAACGACCGAGUUCUGGACAUCCCACGAGUGUUUACUACUACCCUAUGAGCAGUCUCUUACAAGGGAAGACUCAACCUCUGGCCUCUUCUAUGAUUGCUCUGCUCAUAUGCUUUGGGUUGGAGAACGCACCAGGCAGCUGGAUGGUGCCCAUGUCGAAUUUUUAAGAGGAGUUGCCAAUCCUCUUGGUAUUAAGGUGAGUGAUAAAAUGGAUCCAAAUGAGCUAGUUAAGCUCAUCGAGAUUCUCAAUCCUCAGAACAAGCCUGGGAGAAUUACUGUGAUUGCUAGGAUGGGAGCUGAGAACAUGAGAGUGAAGCUUCCCCAUCUGAUCAGAGCCAUUCGGAGGGCAGGGCAAAUUGUAACCUGGGUUAGUGACCCCAUGCACGGCAACACAAUUAAAGCUCCUUGUGGUCUCAAAACUCGCCCGUUCGAUGCUAUCAGGGCUGAGGUCCGGGCAUUCUUUGAUGUCCAUGAACAAGAAGGUAGCCAUCCGGGAGGUGUUCACCUUGAGAUGACAGGGCAGAAUGUUACAGAGUGCAUCGGAGGGUCACGGACCGUGACUUUCGAUGAUCUUAGCUCUCGCUACCACACCCACUGUGAUCCAAGACUCAAUGCAUCUCAAUCUCUUGAGCUCGCCUUCAUAAUUGCCGAACGUCUUAGAAAGAGGAGGAUCGGAUCACAGCCCUCUCUGGGUUCCUUAAGCCUGUAGAAAUUCUAAAGGUCCCUAUGUUUGUUCUAUUCUCUUCAUUAGUGACCCUUUCAAUAUAUUUGUUGCGGCUUUUGCAGUUCAAUUUACGUCCGUAAUGUGUGUAUUUUAGAACAAGUGAUGAUUUGAGAGUGGAGAGGAAUAAAUUAAUGGGUAUUAUGCAUUGAAAUU